UUUAACAACACGGAAGAUGGCGGCUAGUGCUGAUCGGAAUCCUCCUCCGUUCCCCGAGGCAGAUGAGCCAGAGGCGGGACUGCUCGGCCCAACGGACGCAGACAGUGACGAGGGGGAGGACAUCUUCGUCAAUACGGUAACGAGAAACCCACCAUCCAUGAUGUCUCAGGUUGAACGUACAGGUCAAGACCCCCCUGACCUGUUUAGUGAGGAGGCCACCACCACUACACCAGCUAAAUCCAAUGGUGUUCAGUCCGAUGAUGAUGAUUUGUUUGCUGAGGCAAGUGCAGAGUUGAGCACAGAGAAUCUCAACACUUCUUCACGGAAGGAAGUAUCUGCUUCCUCAGGUCCGCGUUCUGUAGCCUCUUUUGUCCAGAGUCCUGUUGCGACCACCACCUCGUUGGAGCAGUUAGAGGAAGAAGAAGACAAGGAUAAGUUCGAUGUGGACGUUGCCGUGACCAACCCAGAGAAAGUUGGUGAUGGGAUGAAUGCGUACGUGGCUUACAAAGUGUCUACUAGGACUUCCCUUGCCAUGUUCAAGAAUAAGACCUUCUCUGUCAGGAGACGUUUCAGUGACUUCUUGGGUCUCUAUGAGAAGCUCUCAGUCAAACAGUCGCUCCACGGCUGCAUCAUUCCAUUGCCACCAGAGAAAAGUGUUGUAGGUAUGACCAAAGUUAAAGUGGGUAUGGACGAUCCAUCCUCAGUAGAGUUUGUGGAGAGAAGGAGAGCAGCUCUGGAGAGGUACCUUCAGAGAGUGGUGUCUCAUCCUGUUCUGUUACAAGAUCCGGAUGUCAGAGACUUUUUGGAGAGAGAAGAGUUGCCACGUGCCGUGAACACACAAGCGCUAAGCGGAGCAGGCUUUCUCAAAAUGAUUACAAAGGCUUCAGACGCUGUCAACAAAAUGACGAUUAAGAUGAAUGAGUCUGAUACAUGGUUUGAGGACAAAUACCAGGAGGUGGAAAACGAGGAGCAGCAGCUGAGGAAGCUGCAUGCUGUCGUUGAUUCUCUUGUGAAUCACAGAAAGGAGUUGUGUGGGAACACUGCAAUUUUUGCAAAAAGCAUGGCAAUGUUGGGCAACUCUGAGGACAACACGGCACUUUCCAGGGCCCUGUCCCAGCUGGCAGAGGUGGAGGACAAAAUGGAGCAGCUUCACCAAGAGCAAGCAGCCAGUGACUUCUUCAUAUUCGCUGAGGUGCUAGCUGACUACAUCCGUUUGCUUGGUGCUGUGCGGGGGUGCUUUGACCAGCGGAUCCGAGCAUGGCAGCGAUGGCAAGAGGCGCAGAGCACACUUCAGAAGAAAAGAGAGGCAGAGGCCAAACUGCUGUGGGCUAACAAACCAGAUAAACUGCAGCAAGCCAAAGAGGAGAUCACUGAGUGGGAGGCCAAAGUUACUCAAUAUGAAAGAGAUUUUGACCGAAUUGGAAUGACCGUUCGCAAGGAGGUUCUCAGGUUUGAGAAAGAGAAAGCCAAGGACUUCAAAACCCAGAUAAUCAAGUAUUUGGACUCCAUGCUUCAGUCUCAGCAGCGGCUGAUCAAGUUCUGGGAAGCCUUUCUUCCUGAGGCAAAAGCAAUAGUUUAGCCAAGACGAAGACUUUUAAGGACCUCGACUGCCUUGUUAAAACACUUUACCUCUUGACCAUGAGCCGCAAGAGGGUCAUUUUCAAUACACAACAAAACUUCCAUCCAUGUUUAUUUCCUCUAGUGUUUUUCUACAUAGUGUUUACUAACGUUGUAAAAUUAUGAUAAUACCCAGCCUCGUUUGUACUUUUCUGCAUAAUACUUUGUUUUCAAAACUCAAAAAUACGAGUUUGACAGUAUUAACAAAGCCUGCUCUCAAUUACAGAUCUAUUUAACGCACUUGUGUUACAGAGUCAGCAUCAAGCCAGGUACUGACUAACAGCUAUUUUGUUGUGACUUAGAUUGUUGGAGAAAUGUUAAUCAUUCCAAUUUGCAUCAUUGCAUCAGAGUGAAUGUUUGGAUGCACUUGAAAGAAUUGAUAGUUGAAGUGUUUGUAUUUUUAAUAACCACUACUGUUGAAAUUAGGUCAUUUAUGAGUUUUUUUUUGCUCACAGACAUGUUUGGUUCAAAGUACUGGUGAAGAACAUAAUAAUAAUAUCAAAAAUAAGCCACCCAGUUGAACUUUACUGGUAUUUUCAAUAAAAAUGAAUUUGUUAUAAGCAUGCUAAAUAGAGUCAUCAUCCAUAAUAGUCUUAAGUGCUUAUAUUUUUGUGACUGAACCUGGGGUCCAAUGGAUGCAAAUAUACGAUGCCUCAGAGAUUGUUUACUUCACAUGUAAAGUGACUUUUUUUAUAUUUUAGUACACAAGAUGGCCUGGAACUCAAAAUUUGAACCCUCUGAGGAAUGUUCGAUUUACGAAUGCAAGACAUUAAAGUUACAUUGCUUCAUAUUUUCCUACUUCAGGUUAAGUGUAGCUUUUCUGUCAUGUCAUACUUACAAAUAUGCUUUAUUUUUGUAAGUAUCCUUCAUUAGCUUACUCAUUUUACUUGGUAUUGAACACUGUUUGGUGCUCAGAAAUAAAUAUGACUGGUUUAAAUGUAGAUGCUUAUGUGUGUUUGUUUAGGUUUUUUUUUAACUUGAAUUUGUUAUUAGAGAAUUUGUUUCCUUCAUUUUGAUGGUACCAAGCAAGAGUAUUCAUACUACUGCUUUCCUGUCCAUUCAGUCCAAAACUCAAAGUUCAUUAUGCACUUCAGCCGGUCUCCAUCCACCAGUGCUGUCGUACCAGAUUGGAGAUGUUAAAACACCUGCAAUUGUAUGUUUAUGCAGAUAGAAGAGGUGUUUAUGUAAAUACCUCAGGUACCAUGUCUAUCUGUUAUCUUCCACUCUGAGGAUGCACUGCAAAGGCAACAAACUCUGUAAAGUUAUCCAGGUUUCGCUCUCACCUGAGGUCUCCACCUGGGAAAUUCAAGCCAAGCCAUGAUAUGUUCAUUCUCCUGUGUGCUCUGGACCUCUCGGGCAGCCUCUUUAGAGGUGAACAUGCCUUGUCUUCCUCACCACGGUCAUCGCCAGAUGUCACUGUAACUGGCUCUCCUUGGGCUCAGUUGCACUUUGACUUCUGCCUUUAUCAGAUCGCUUUGAUUUUCAUUACAUCUCAAAUACGUACUCCGUAUCAUGGUCCAAAAAAACGAUGCAGAAAUUGAAAGAUAACUAAAUAAUGUGCAAAUGUUUAUUUGGAUGGGGUGUGCCCAGUCAUAGGUGGGUGACCCAUCCACUUGUUGCUGUUAGACUCAUUGGCCUCAGGAUGCCAAUA